GGGGCCUGAACCAGUCUCUCCAGCCGCCGGUCCUACUGCGGCGCCUUAACUUUCCGUCCGUCGGCUUUAACUCCCUGCCGCCCUCCAGUCUCCAGCAUGCCUGGUCCGACCCCCAGUGGCACUAACGUGGGUUCCUCAGGGCGCUCUCCCAGCAAAGCAGUCGCCGCCCGGGCGGCAGGAUCCACUGUCCGGCAGAGAAAAAACGCCAGCUGUGGAACUAGGAGCGCAGGCCGCACGACCUCGGCAGGCACAGGAGGGAUGUGGCGAUUCUACACGGAAGAUUCACCUGGGCUCAAGGUUGGUCCUGUUCCAGUAUUGGUUAUGAGUCUUCUGUUCAUCGCUUCUGUAUUUAUGUUGCACAUUUGGGGCAAGUACACUCGUUCGUAGAUUUGGUUACAUCCAUCUGUCAUCUGAAGAAGAAGGAAAAAACCCAGCAUAUCUUGGACCAAAAGUAUAGAGCAUUUCUGUUCAUGAGAAAUAAAUUUUCUGUAAGCUUAUUCUUUUACAGGGAACUUAACGAGAAUUGAUUUUGAGGAAUCCGUUUUUUUCUAUGACUAAUAAACUUUUAAAUUCAUUUAUA